AUGGCGGUGGUCGGAGCAGAAGUCGCUAAACGGAGGCCAUCGAAAUCGGUGCACAGAAUUAAAUUUGAUGUGAUCGCUCAGUCGAAACUAGGCCCGUUCAGUGAUCAUUUUCCUCACUACGCUGGAGGUGUUGUACGCAGCGAUCCGGGCGGAUUCGUCAUGUCCCAAGAAUUUGGCCGCAACGCUCACGAAUUCUUUUAUUUCCAGCCGAGAAAAGACGAUGUCUGGAUUUUGACAUUUCCAAAAUGUGGAACAACGUGGACACAAGAGCUCGUGUGGAUGGUGGUCAACGAUUGCAAUGCGGAAGCCGCUCGGAAUAGUCCACUUUUUAUCCGGUCUCCAUUUCUCGAGGCGUCUCGCAUAGCCUCAUUGCAGUCGGCUCCACCGGAAGUGCACGUGUUGGUACCGAAAGUGGAAGUGAUCGAGAAAAGUCCGUCGCCUCGUGUCAUCAAGAGCCAUUUACCUUUCAGUUUGCUGCAUUCUCAAUUACUUGAAACCUCCAAACAGAAUUUAUACAUUUAG